AUGUCGUAUCCCAUUGGAAACAAAGAAGGAGUUAGAGUUGUUAGUGAUAUGUCACGAUUUGAAUAUGACUCUGAAACUCCUCAAUUCCGUUCAAGAAACCCAACACCUCCAAGUGGAUUAGCUUAUAACUUGCCUAAGCCUGCUAUUAAUGAUUAUACGGAUACACUUAAUAUCCCUAUGAAUGCACCGAAGGUAUCACUUACGGCUCAACAAUUAGAAGAGGUUCUGGUUGAUGAAGGUCCCACUCCCCCGCACAAAGACUCUUCAUACAGACGGCUCAGUAGCAUGUACUCACAACCACAGCCACAACAUUCAAACACAUCUCCUUCAAGAAUAGAUACCCAAACUCCAGGACACCAACAACAUCAAGUACAACCACAACAAUAUGAUCAACACUUUACUCCUGAAAGACUGAGGCCUUCAUCGAGUUAUUAUCCUCUCUCAAGGAGAUACAGCAUUGGGUCAUCGUUCCCUCCCGGACAUUAUCCUCCGCCAUCGCAUCUGUAUCUUCCAGCAUACGAACAAGCACAAUACCAAAGUCAAAUCCAGAAUCAAGCAUUGGAGAAUAACGAGUUACCUCCAAUGCCACAACCAGGUGAAUUGGUAGAACUACCUCCGACAGGUAAUGGGCUUCGGAGAUUCUUACCCGAAACAGUAUUUCAAAAGAACCCCAAAAAGAACUUUCUUAGGCACAUGUUACUUCAACAAGUCAUGAAUAAACCAGUCUAUCAUUUCCCGGAACGAGACUUUGAUACCAACAUCUUCAUUAAUACCACCCACAUAUCAUACCAUUUCUUUCUUUAUUUCUUUGAGGUCAUCUUUGAAAUAAUUGUCAUUAUACUAUCAGCCAUGCUUCUAAGUUCAGACAAAAACGUGGACUACGGAAUAUACAGAUAUUUCAUUGGCUCAUCAGUAGUAGAGGUGGUUAUAGCUCUUGGAUUCUUAACCACAAUCAUUGAUUUUGAGAAUAGAAACGGUAACUUCUAUUGUAUCAUUGCUACCGUCUUAUGUUCUAUUUCCUUCAUAAUAACAUGCUCUCAAUUACUUGGUAAAGGAUGUCCAAAUGGGAAUGUCUGCGGAAUGAGGAGAGCGUUACUGUCGUUUGUUAUCAUGUCAACGUUUCUUUGGAUUAUUACUUUGACAAUGUACGUUACCACGCUUUAUGUGGCCAAAUUAGAUUCCUUAGAAGAGUUCAUUUUCCAUACUCAACCUGUUCAUAAUAACAAUGAGUUGCCACCACAAUUAACCACCUCGGAAUACGCUGCAAGUGUGGCGAGAUCACCUCAAACUCACCAAUCAGCUGGUGCUAAGACAGAAGAGAUAGAUGACGUUGUGGGUGCUACUACAGCCACUGCUCCAAAACAUACAAAGACUACAACCACGUUUGUUGAUCCGGAAACAGGCGUACCCUUAAAACAGUUUUAUUUGAGUGAACAGGGAGAAAUGUAUGAGCUACAGAGUCCAGCCGGAUACGAACACCACAAUAAGAUUUUGGAAACCGUUACCAAAUUAAGUGUACCAAACGGUAACAAUAUUGUUGAGUCGUCUACCAAUUACAACCAGCUGUAUUCUCUUAUACCCAAGGAAUUGAUUCUGGGGUCUUUACUUGAACAAUUGGGGUUGAACGAGUACUUUUAUGUUAGUGAUGAUGCGAUCCGUAAAGUUCCUAUCCCUCGGAAUGUCCUGAGCAUGUUUAUUUUAAGUCGUUCUUUACCGAAGAAUUGGCAUACGCUGAUUCAGUUUUUGAAAAUGGCAUUACCCUUUGGUUUGCCAAACAAAGUUGACGUUGUUGAGUUGUCGCUUGUGGUUCCAACUGCCUUGAUUUAUGAUAGCUUGGUGAGACAGCUCUCUACUGUGGUUGGGAACCACACGCCGUUCCAUAUUUUGUGA